GCUCUCCUCCCCGAAAAGUCUCCUUCGGAAGGAAACCCUCGCCCGUCUCUCUUUUAUUUUAUCGGGUUUGGGUUAGGGUUUUUCAAGAGUUUAAUUCCGCCAUGGCAUCCACAGAAGCAUCACAGCAAAGCGGCAAUGGAGUUACGAAACCGGGCAUGAGGAAGCCAGUGUUUACGAAGGCGGACCAGCUGAAGCCCGGCACGAGCGGCCACACCCUCACAGUCAAGGUCGUCAGCUCUAAGACGGUCAUGCAAAAGGGCAGGGCCGCUUCUCCCCACCUCCGCCACACGCGCGUCGCCGAAUGCCUCGUUGGCGACGAGACCGGCUGCAUCAUCUUCACCGCCCGCAAUGAUCAAGUGGACUUGAUGAAACCGGGUGCUACUGUGAUACUGCGAAAUGCUAAAAUUGAUAUGUUCAAGGGGUUGAUGAGGCUGGCGGUUGACAAGUGGGGCCGGGUUGAGGUCACUGAGCCUGCUAAAUUUAUAGUGGAUGAGGAUAACAAUCUGUCUCUUGUUGAGUAUGAACUGGUGAACAUUGUCCAGGAGUGACUAGGAUCUCUAUUUGUGGAUGUGAUACAUAAGAGGUGAAAAAGCAUGAAGAUGGCCGAGCUUUUGAAAGCAUAAUUGGUUAGUUUUAUCUUUGUUGGAGCUCUUACCAAGGAGGUAACAUUUUUACUUUUUUAAACGAAAACAAUUUCAAGUUAGGAUACAAAAUCUCACUGAAUCUUUUGACUUUGUUGUUGUUCUUUAAUACCUGCCUUGAACUAGAAUUAGUUGUGUUGGUGGUGGGUUGUAGAAAAGGAUUGGUUACUCAUGGAUUCGUUUCAUGAGACGCACAUAUACUUACUGAAUUUGCGAAAGACAAGCUAGUGUUUAUUAUAAUAAGAUCUUUGUCAAUUUCUUCUUCA